AUGAGAGAAAAACUUAGACCUCCAUCUAUAGAGCUUUCAGAUAUGAGGGACUCUCAAGGCGCCGAACUUCACUAUGCAAACAUUGAGCACGUCCCUCUUCUACAAAGGGUGGGUCAACCAAAAAAACAAAGUAUUUACUCUAGUUAGGUAACUUCUGCUGUCGUAAGUCUCCUCCAGAAAAUCGCCGAAUCCAGCUUUCAGGACAAACAACAAGAUCUUUCCCUUCCAACGCUGUAAAGAACACAAAAUACAAUAUCUUCACAUUUCUGCCUUUAUUUUUAUUUUAUCAGUUCAAGCAGCCUCUAAGUCUUUUCUUUUUAGUCAUUUCUUUAAGCCAAUUUUAUCCUCCUCUCCAAGUAGGAUUUUUGAUUACUUAUAUUGCUCCCUUAGGACUUGUGCUAGCUAUCACAUUGGGUAAAGAAAGCUAUGACGACAUUAUUAGAUGAAAACGAGAUAGAGACGUCAACAAACAAAAAUACACACGAAUUACAAGCUCAAGUGAAGUUCUCAUUGCUAGUGAAAAUAUCAAGGUUGGCCAUGUCAUAAAAAUCCACGCCCACGAGAGGAUCCCAGCUGAUAUGAUUUUGCUUCACACCCAGGACAAGAAUGGUACAGUUUUUAUAAAAACAGACCAGCUUGAUGGAGAAACUGACUGAAAGCUGAGGAAAGCAGUCAACGCGACCCAAAGCGUAAGAAAUGAAGCUGACGUAUUAGCAGUAAAAGGGACACUUACAGUCGAGCCGCCAAGAAAAGAAAUUUAUGAAUUUCAAGGGAAGCUAGAACUGCCUGAUGGCGAAAUUGGCUUAAUGCUAGACAAUACCUUAUGGGCGACUACCACAUUGGCAGCUGGCAGCUGUAUUGGGAUUGUGAUUUAUACAGGCAAAGAAACCAGAAGUGUAAUGAACAGCAGAGAGCCUUCAAAUAAGCUCGGCAGGACUGACGAAGAGCUUAACAAGCUUGCUGUAUAUUUGCUUUUCCUAAUGACCUUUUUAGCUGUUUUUAUGCUGUGCUUGUCAGGUUUUAACUCCUAUUCCCACAUCAUCGGUUUCCGCUAUAUUUUGCUAUUAUCUACCAUUAUCCCUAUUUCUUUAAAAGUUAACCUGGAUUUUGCCAAAAUUUAUUAUUGUCUUGGGAUAUCUCGAGACCCAUUAGUCGGCAACGCAAAACCAAGAAAUUCGACUAUCCCUGAAGAGCUUGGCAGGAUCCAUUUCUUAUUGACUGACAAAACCGGGACUUUAACCUGUAACGAAAUGACUCUAAAAAAGUUAGCAUUAGAGCACGCUGCUUUUGAGCUGGACGAUAAAGAAAGUAAAGCUUCUCUUCUGAAUGAACUGAAUUUCAGCUUUGAAAAUAUUAAAAGAAAAGCCCCAGAAAGCAAAAAGGCAAGAAGAAGGGAGCUGCAUUUAGUGAUAAGAGAUAUGAUAACUGCUCUUUCGCUAUGUCACAAUGUAACUCCAGUAGAAGAAGAAGGCAAACAGAUAUACCAAGCCAGCUCUCCUGAUGAAGUCGCACUUGUUGAAUUUACAAAAACAAUAGGUGUAGAGCUAGUGCAGCGAACUCAAGAGAAAAUUGUGCUAAAUACACCUCGAGGAAUAGAGGAGUACCAAAUUCUUGACAUUUUCCCGUUUACGUCUGAUACCAAAAGAAUGGGAAUAAUCCUCAGAAGUGAAGCGAACGGCCAAAUCACUUUUUACUUAAAAGGCGCUGAAGAAGCUUUAUUACCAAAAAUCAGCUCACAGUCAUCUCAAGAAAAAAUGAAAGAAGACUGCGAAAUUUUGGCUCAGGAAGGACUGAGAACUUUGGUAAUAACCCAAAGAGCAGUUCCAGAAAAAGAAUAUGAAGUUUUUAGAAGAGAAAUUGAAAAAGCAAGGGCGUCUAUGAUAAGCAGAGAAAAAAUGAUGAGAAAAGUGGUAGAGUCUAUAGAAAUUGGGAUGGAGUAUUUAGGGGUAACUGGUGUCGAAGAUAAGCUGCAGAAUAGAGUUGACAGGUGUAUAGCAAAAUUAACGAACGCAGGAAUUAGGAUCUGGAUGUUGACUGGGGAUAAGGUCGAGACUGCUAAAUGCAUUGCAAUUUCUACAGGGCUGAAAAAUAAAAACCAAAAAUUCAAAGAAUUAGCGAAUAUGAGAGACCUGAUUUUGAUAGAAAAUGAGCUUAAUGAUUUAAAACUGACAGGGAAUAACUCAAUUGUACUGAUUAUUGAUGGUGUUACGCUGUCAUUAGUUAUGGAGAUGAACCCUGAGCUGUUUAUUUUGGCUGCUACAAGGGUUGGAGGGGUUAUUUGCUGCAGGGUAAGUCCUACCCAAAAAACUCAAAUUGUUGAAAAUAUACAAAAAUAUACAGAAAACAGAGUCUGCUCUAUUGGAGAUGGAGGAAAUGAUGUAGGGAUGAUCCAAGCUGCUCAUGUAGGCAUAGGUAUUGAAGGAAAAGAAGGAAAACAAGCAUCACUUGCAGCUGAUUUUUCUAUCAAUGAAUUUAAGUACCUCGCGCCUCUGAUUUUGUGGCAUGGAAGACUCAGCUAUAUGAGGACAGCCAGGCUGGCCAAUUUUAUUUUUCAUAGAGGCUUGAUUAUUGCAGUAAUCCAAGCCUAUUUCAUUCUGGUGUUUUAUUAUAUAGCAAUUCCUAUAUAUAAUGGCUAUUUAAUGCUGGGAUAUGCGACCAUUUUUACCUGUCUGCCUGUUUUUUCACUUGUACUUGAUAAAGAUGUGAAUUAUAAAACAAUUAGAAAAUUUCCUAUUCUUUAUCAAACUCUUCAGUUGGGGAGAGAUCUUAAUGAGACCAGAUUUCUACUGUGGAUUUGGAAGAGUCUUUAUCAAGGCUCAGUUAUUAUUUUGAUGGCUCUUUCGUUGUUCCCUGAAGAUAAUUUUGUCAAUCUAGUCGCAAUUAUCCUAUUUAUAUUAAUUUAAUUUUUUUUUUUUUAAUAAAUUUUUUUUUUUUUUAAAAUUAAUUUCUUAUAGCAUACAUUUUCUGCCUUAAUUUUAACAGAGCUUUUAAACGUAGCAACAGAAAUUGAUACUUGGAAUAAAUGAAUUGUGGUAUCAGAGCUCAGCACACUUGUCGUGUAUUUAAUAUGUAUUUGCCUAUUAAAAAAUUAUUUCAAUCUUGAGCUUAUUAUAAGAGCUGACUUCUUUUGGAAAAUUUUGGCAAUUACAGCUGUGUCCUGGGUCCCAUUGCAUAUUAUUAAGAUUGUAUUUGAAAAAAUCAACCCACCUACAAGUAAAAAAGUUAAACAAAGUAAGUAA